AUGAGUGGCCUGAAUCCGCCACCUACACAACCCAAAACUCCCCCGCCGCCUCCUACUACCCCUGGAAGUUCUCCACCACCACCUCCACAACCGAAAACUUCCCCGCCGCCACCUCCUCAACCAAAAACUCCCCCGCCAAGCCCUGAAACUCCCCCACCACCAUCUCCACAACCUGAAACUCCUCCGCCACUACCAACCCCUGAAAGCUUCCCCCCGCCACCUCCAAAGGCCCAAACUCCGCCACGUCCUACCCCUGAAAGUCUCUCACCGCCACCUCCACAACCGGAAACUCCCCCGCCGCCACCAUCAAGCCUUGAAAUUCUCCCACCACCACCUCCACAGCUCGAAAUUCCUCCGCCUCCACCGACUCCUGUAAGUCUCCCACCACCACCUCCACCGCCCGAAAUUCCUCCGCCGCCACCUACCCCUGAAAGUCUCCCACCAGCACCGCCACCACAGCCGGAAACUCCCUCACCUCCAACCCCUGAAAGUAUCCCGUCGCCACCUCCACAACCUGAAACUUCCACGCCGCCUCCACCUCAAACUCCCCCAUCACCGUCUCCAACUCCUCCGCCGCCUCCUAGCUCUAUGCCAUCUUGGGGUCCGUGA